AUGCUGAAUAAUCACUUUUUUAGUGAUAAUAUUUGUAAAUCGUGUGAAGAAACUUAUUAUAAAAACGUUGAAGGGUGUGUAACUAAAGUGGGAAAAUACGAUAAUUGCCAAUUUGUCAACGUCGUUUUAAAUUCUUGUUAUGAGUGUACCAAAUUGUUUCUACUUAUCAAUAAUACAUGUGUAACACAAAGUGAAGUAAAUAACACAACAAAUGUGAAUUCAAUUUUAAAAACAACGAGUGAAUACAACGACAAUUGUAUUGAAAGAAGUUCUAAAGGCUGUUUCAAAUGUUCCGAUGGUUUUUAUUUGCACAAUUCAAAUUGCGUUCCCUGUAAAUCUCCAUGCUCUUAUUGUUCCAAUGAAAUGUAUUGUACAAAAUGUGGUAAAUAUUCAUAUGCAACAAAUGGAAAAUGUGUAGAAAUCAACGAAUUAUUGAGUACCUGUGAUGUGAUGAUGUCAACAUAUGACGGGUGUGUUGUUUGCAAAGAUGGGUAUAUGCGAUCCUCAGAUGGCAAAAAAUGUGACAAGUGUGACAUCUCUUGUAAAACAUGUUCAAAUGAUGGCAACUGUUUUAUUUGUAAUGACACGUAUUAUAGAACUCCAAACAAUAUAACAAAAUAUUGCAAUCCACAAGAAGAACUAACAAAUUGUGUGAAUAUGACAACAAAUGGGUGUACGCAAUGUGAAGAUGGAUAUGCAUUAAAAGAAAAUUUGUGUCAAAAAUGCGGCGAAAAUUGUACUUUUUGUGAUAAAUAUUUUGAGUGUUCCAAAUGUGAAGAUGACAAUAUUUUAAUAAAUAAUAAAUUGUGUUUCUUCUCAAAAUUCCGUUUGUUCAAAGUGUUCAGAUGUAAAAAGACCAAUUAUGGAUUAGUCAUAGUAUUACCAAUUAUGUGUAUUGUUGUGAUACUAUUCAUAAUUAUCUUAUUAAAAACAAUUAUUUUAAUUGUAUUCAACAAGAAGAAAGAAAAUGUGUUAACAGAGAAUAUCUGUAUUUUUAAGAUGAAGCGCUCUAAUAUUAUUAUGACUAAAUUAAGUGAUGACAUUUUAUCAAACAAACAAGAAAUUAUGUUUGGUGAUGACAGUGAUAAAAUACACAUUGAAUGUGAAAAUCGUGAAUUGUUUUGUGUUGGUAACAACAAAAAAGAAAAUAUGAAACUUCAAAUCACCACAAAAGAGGGGUGUGACAAAUAUUUGAUACGGACAGAGCCACAAUUAGUCACACUUAAGAGUGGAGAAGCGUGCGAAUUUGAAGUCUUUUUAACACCAUUUUGCACCAUGAAUUUGUGUGAUGAAAUUAUGAUUAUCUCACUGGACUUAAUUAACGGGAAGAAGGAAACAACUUCUGUUAAAAUAAAGGCACAAACAGAAAAUUCAACACGACUGGAUUACGACGAGUUGAUUGAAGACAAGAAACUCGGUGAAGGCUCCUUUGGAAUAGUUUACAAAGGAAAGUAUCAAGGAAACACAGUUGCAAUAAAAAAAUGA